CAAUUAGGGUUAAGUGCCUUGCUCAAGGGCACAUCGACAGAUUUUUCACCUAGUCGGCUCGGGGAUUAGAACCAGCGACCUUUCGGUUACUGGCACAACGCUCUUAACCACUAAGCUACCUGCCGCCCCUAGCUAACUAGACUGAAAAUUAUCGGUCUAUUUUUGAGUAAUUUAGCUGAGAGAUUACGCAUUGUGAAUCAACAACUUAAACCUAUUUAUUUGACACAUAUUGUUACCAGUUGACCUACACUAUCGGUUUUAGUGAAGUUAACUGAUCACUUCACAGACAGAAGGGCGCUUUGUCAAAACAAAAACUGUUUGUCAUUUGAAGACUGACUUAUCAUAGCUAUAAAUCAGGCACUGAGUCCUGGUUGACGACCAAGUGGGAAUUGGAUGACUAUGUAUGCACCACCGGGUACCACUGUCCCCGGAAGCCGGCGAAGGAGAGGGGGUACCGCACUGCCCAAGCAGCCAGAGCGAAGCCUGGCAUCUGCCCUCCCCGGAGCACUCUCCAUCACGGCUCUAUGUACGGCCUUGGCCGAACCAGCUUGGGUCCGAGUUCAUGGAGGGACGUGUCCCAAGCAGGAGCUUGGAGUGGCUGACGUCCUGGGAUACAUUGACCCAAAACUCCUGGAGGGUAAGUCAUGAUUUUGCCAACAGUGUCUCAAAGCACAUACGACCUGUGGUUUGUGUUACCUAUCACCAACUUCUUCUUCAGAUUACUGUGUGAACUCCCAGACCAUCUUGCUGCUAAGGGUCAUUGCUGCCUUCUGCUUCCUGGGCAUCCUGUGCAGCCUGACAGCUUUCCUGUUGGAUGUCUUUGGACCCAAGCACCCUGCCCUCAAGAUCACCCGCAGAUACGCAUUUGCCCACAUUCUCACAGGUAUGAAUGGGUUUGGGUUGUGGACAAGAGAGGAAAUUAGCUAUUCAGCUAAAGUGUGACAACAAUUUAAAGGCAAAGUAUAAACUAGGGCUGGUACGAUACCAAUAUGGCCAAUAUUUUCCCCCCCAUGUCAAACAUGAAAACACAAAGCAGACCUAACUCUUUGGGCCUUUAAAAACCUGCUGUAUGUAAAUAUUGUGUGCUAUAGCUUGGAAAAUGUAUAAAUGUGACUCUGGAUGACAUAUUGAUGUUUGUUUCCAACAUUAGGGUUGUUUUCCUAAAGAAGUUAAAUCCGCUUUGUGUUUUGUUUCCUUGCCACGAUACUAAUGAGUAUCGCAAUACUGGUAUCAUCCCGGCCCUAAUAGAAACAAUGGAAAUCAAAUAACCCCUUUCCUUUUUCCCCUGCCUGCUCUUUCUUUGUAUGGUUUUAGUGCUGCAGUGUGCCACAGUGAUUGGGUUCUGCUACUGGGCCUCAGAGCUUAUCUUGUCGCUACAGCAGCAGCACAAGAAGUACCACGGCUCGCUCAUCUACGUCACUUUUGCCAUUAGCUUCUACCUGGUGGCGGGGGCUGGUGGAGCCUCCAUUCUGGCCACAGCUGCAAACCUGCUGCGCCACUACCCCACAGAGGAGGAGGAGCAGGCUCUAGAGCUUCUCUCAGAGAUGGAGGAGAGCAGUGAAACAUAUCCUGCUGAUUAUGACAUUGCCAACCAGUUCCAGCCGCCUCCUGCAUACACACCUUAAUGUAACCAGCCCAGCCGCUUCUUUCUCUUACAUCCAUGCUUCUCUAUGAGCACGUCUAUUGACCUCGUUUCAAACACACACCUACAGAUAUGUGAUCCAAAAACUGUACCAAAUGGAUAUAUUCUCUGCAAAUACUCUGCUUUCAAUAAUCAACAUUAACACAAAUGGACACACUUAUUUCUUGAUUGUGGGUGCUUGAGUGCAUGAAAGCUUCCUUUUACAAUGGCAGAGAUUCAAUACUUGAUUCGUAUUUUCACCACUGAAGCUUGGCUUUUAGGAAUUUGCAUGUAAAUGGCAUUAAG